AUGGAAGAAGCAAGUAGCAGUGAUGCUCCAGCUGCCGAUCCUUUUUUCUGUGUGGGGGAAAAGUUUUCUUCGUUUUGUGACCUGGAAAAGAAGAUAAAGAACUUUGAAGGAGUUCAUUUGGUUCAACUCACUCGAAGAGAUUCAAGGACAUUGGAGGCAGCGGCAAAACGUGUACCAAACAGGGUUAUAGGUGCUCAUGCAGAAUUGAAUUCAGAAUUCAUCAUAUACAUCAGCACUGUUAAACAAGGUUGUCAAGCUGGUCUAAAAGCUGUUCUAAGUAAAGACAAAAAAUAUCUCGAGGUGACGCAUUUUUCUAAUGAACACAAUCAUAUUGUUAGCAAGGCAGUUUAUGACCACUUGCCAAGACAAAGACGAUUAGCCACUGAAGAGUCUAAUAAAGUUAAAUCUUUAUUACAUGUACAGGCUAACAAGAAAUUAAUACAACAACACAUUGCCAAAACAACAGGAAAAGUGGUAACAUUGAAAGACUUAAGUAAUGUCCGUGCUCAAAUGGAGAUUAAAUCAGGAGAUCAUAAUGAAUUAGAAAUAUUAGUGAAAGAAUUGUCAGAAAUUGAAGGUGCAACUGUAAAGUUAUUUCAUGAUGAGAAGUCGGAACUGAGUGGGAUUUUUUUUCAGGACAACGUUAUGAAGUGUGCCUUUAAAGGCUACCCCGAGGUACUUAUGGUAGACGCUACAUAUAAACUCAAUAAAUUUCGAAUGCCACUUUAUGUUCUCCUGGUUAUCGAUGGAAAUGGUCUCAGUGAAAUUGUUGCUAUUUUUUUAACGACCCUAGAAACAGAGGAUGCAAUAACGAAAAUGGUUUGUUCAUUCAAAACGUAUAAUUCAUCAUGGAUUAAUACUCGAGUUGUGAUGUCUGAUAAGGACUUUGUUGAAAGAACAGUUUUCCAAAGAGAAUUUCCUAGCUCUUCAUUAAUUAUUUGUCUCUUCCAUACUCUUAGAACCUUCCGACGAGAAGUUACCUGUGAAAAGCUGAAUCUCCGUUCUGGAGAAAGAGAUCAUGCAUUGGAAUUAAUCGAGAAACUCGUGUAUGCCAAAUCAGAAGAAGAAUAUGACCAGAACCAUGAGCUGCUUAUAGACUGUGGACUUCGAAAUGUAAUUGACUACUAUAAUGCAAACUGGCAUCCUAUAAGAGAACAAUGGGUUGAGUGUUUCAAAGGAAGUAAUCUUACUCUUGGUGAAACUACAAACAACAGACUUGAAAGUAUUAAUGCAAAAAUAAAGAGUGUUUGUACUCGCUACGCUACUUUACCAACAUUUUUUCGCCACUUUUUCGCUUUACUUUCAUGUCUUCGCAAUGAAAGAAACCACAUCACCGUAAUGGAUCUAGUAAAGAGAAAGAUAGUAUGUGAAAGUUCACCAGUAAAGCAGUAUGCUGAAUUUGUCACACCAUAUGCUUUUCGGUAUAUUCAACAACAAUCAUCUACAGAGUAUGGUCCAGAUGAAUUUUUUGUCGAGACGGAAGAUAGCUCUUUAUUUUCAUUCAUGUCAUCUGAAGGGCGUUUGUUACUUAGUGCUAGGCAUUGUUGUUGUAAAUUUUGGUCAAGCAUGAAUUUGCCAUGUAGGCAUAUACUAUCACUUCGAAAGAAGCUUGGUUUACCCUUGUUCAGCGAAGAAAUUGUUGCUGAGAGGUGGAAAAGAUCGUAUUUACAACACGUCUAUGAUGUUAAAUCAACUGAAGCUGAAAGUGAAAACUCACUACAAAUUGUUGCUAUAGCAACAGAAACUGUGGCACGGACUCUAUCUCAACACGAAAAGUAUCGUAAGGCUCUUACAGUGUCACAGAAAUUGGCAUCUCUAGCUAGUGAGGUAGGAAUGAGUGAGUUUAGUGAGAGGUUGAAAGUAAUGAUGGAUCUUGAAGAAGCUUGGCUACAAGGAAAAAAACCAGAAAUAAUUUUUAGUCAUACUACAAUUGAAUCUGAAGAUUCACCAGAUGUAUGUAGUACAGAAGUGGUAGUUCCAUCCUGUGGUCCUUCAGUUCAGGAGGACUCUCAUCAGCCACUUGAACAUAAUGAGCCAGUUCUACAUAGCACUGAAAACAUCAAGCUUCCACCAAUUUUAAAGAAAAGGGGCCGCCCAAAGGGACAUGAAAAAACUGUCAUUGGUUUACCAUCCAAAAGGUUGAAGAGGAAGACAGGAGGAGUUUCUCCUUUGCCUUUUCUAAAGAAACACCCAGUUGAGAGAGAAAAAAUAAUUUUAUCUUGGCUAGUUGAAGCAGAAAUG